UCCUGGUGCAUCUCCACCGGGAGAGAGGUUGGAAAAAAAAAACCGCCCAACUCUCAUUCAUUUCGGUGGGGAAGCGGUUGCUGCACGCACGGUGGCGAAAGAUGGCCUCACCAAGGACAGUAACCAUCGUGGCUCUAUCUUUCGCUCUGGGGUUAUUCUUCGUGUUCAUGGGGACCAUCAAGCUCACUCCGAGGCUCAGCAAAGACGCGUACAGUGAAAUGAAAAGAGCGUACAAGAGCUACGCCAAGGCCCUGCCCGGACUGAAAAAGAUUGGGAUCAGCUCGGUCCUGCUUCGUAAGAUCAUCGGCUCUCUGGAGGUCGGCUGCGGCGUGGUGCUCACCCUCGUCCCCGGCCGGCCGAAGGAUGUGGCCAACUUCUUGCUGCUGCUGGUCAUGCUGGCCGUCCUGUUCUUCCACCAGCUUGUAGGAGACCCACUGAAACGCUACGCCCACGCUCUAGUCUUCGGUAUUCUCCUGACCUGCCGACUGCUCAUUGCCCGCCAGAGCGAAGACCGGCCGGAGAGAGAGGACAGCAGAGAGGAACAGCACAUCAAUGACCAGGAAAAGAACAAGGUCAAGCAGUCAUAAGAUCCUCUUCUACUUCUUUUCCAAGCUACAACGAAGGGAACCUGGUGCGCCUCCAUGGAUUGUAGUAAUUAAAAUUUUGAAGGAGUCACUCCCAGAUAUAACACCCCUCAUCACACAUCUCGUGUCCCGUCCAGCCGGCAGACUGAUUUACUCUCACCUGCUCCUCUCUCUGCACUCUUAAUGUGAAACUGAGAACUCCUGACCCGUCCAUCCUCUACAUUACCUUGGGACAAUCAUACCUGUGGAAACUGUGAUGAGCUCGGCUCAUUGUCACAAUAGUCGACCCAUUUCUUCCCCAACUUCAGUCCAACACUGUGUUUUAAUGUGUUUGUGUUCUUUGUUUUCAAUCAAAUGUGAAUUUCAUUUGUUUCAAGUUGAUUUGAGAAUGCUGUUUUUUUUUUCCUGAAAGAAUCUUUAUAGCUUGUUUUUCUAAUUUGUUUUUAUACUGAAGAUGGGAGAGACUGGUAAUGUAUGAACUUCAAUAGUCCAAGCAUGUUUCAUUUGGUCUAGAGUACUGAACAUAAACCAAAAUGAGCACUUUGAAAGGCAUUUUGUACUAAUUAUCAACAAUUAUUACAUAUCCGUGUCUUAUUUUGGUGCAGUCUUACCAGCAGGCUAUUUUAGAAAGAAAGAAACUGAUAAAUUGUGAUACAUUUUUGCAGAAGUAUGCAUGAAAUCCCUCCUCCCUGGUAAAAUAAGCUGUAUAUCCCCUGUUUCCUUUCAGUUCAGUCACCACAGUGAAUUCGUUUAGCUGGAAAGGACAGCAGUUGCUGCCUCAGGUGUCUGCUGCAGACUUUGUGCAGCAGAACAUAACAAAAUCCAAAAAGUCUUUUUUGUCUGUUUAAAAUUUAGAAUUUUACCUUUUGUAAAUCACAGCUGAAGUCUUAAACCUAUUCACUGUCUCUUAAAGGUUUUGCUCAUCUGUUUGGUUUUAAUUUAAAUAAAAUAUGAAAAGCAUUCCUAUUACGUUUUUUUGUUCAGGGAUGAAAAUUCAGUUGAAAUUUCUGUCAGUUUUGAGAUUCACAGUAUUUCUGUAAAUGAUAUACUUGAAAUAAAGAAUCGGAGGUGAGACUGA